GGCGCGGGUAAUCCGUCUGUUGUUUUUAGCGCAGCAGUGGGUGCCGAGUAGCGAGCGAGUGAGUGAGGAUGUCCGGCCGCGGGAAGCAAGGCGGGAAAGCGCGGGCCAAGGCCAAGUCGCGCUCGUCGCGGGCCGGGCUGCAGUUCCCCGUGGGCCGUGUCCACCGGCUGCUGCGCAAGGGCAACUACGCGGAGCGGGUGGGCGCCGGCGCCCCGGUGUACCUGGCGGCCGUGCUGGAGUACCUGACGGCCGAGAUCCUGGAGCUGGCGGGCAACGCGGCCCGCGACAACAAGAAGACGCGCAUCAUCCCCCGCCACCUGCAGCUGGCCAUCCGCAACGACGAGGAGCUCAACAAGCUGCUGGGCAAGGUGACCAUCGCGCAGGGCGGCGUGCUGCCCAACAUCCAGGCCGUGCUGCUGCCCAAGAAGACCGACAGCCACAAAGCCAAGAGCAAGUAAAAGGGGCCUGGAGAAGCACCCGAGCACAGAAUCAAAACCCAAAGGCUCUUUUCAGAGCCACCC